CUGACGGACUGUAUGGAUCCAGACUGUUGUAUCCAGAGCCCGUGUCAGAACAGCCCUCUGUGUCGGGGCUCCAGAGACCCCCUCCAGGUGAUCCAGCAGAGCCCCCUGUCUCUGUCCCAACCCCGGGUAGGAUCCUUCUAUGACAGGGUCAUGAUGCUGGUGGGACAGGACAGCACACACAUCAUACCUGGGGAAAACCCAUUCAAUGCCAGCUUGGCGUCUCUGAUCCGAGGUCAGGUGUUAACUACAGAUGGUACUCCCCUGGUGGGAGUCAAUGUUUCCUUUGUCAGAUACCCACACUAUGGAUAUACUCUCACACGCCAGGACGGAACGUUUGACCUUCUAGCGAACGGCGGUGCCUCGUUGACCUUGAGGUUUGAGCGCGCUCCGUUCAUCACGCAGGACCGCACGGUCUGGUUACCAUGGAGUCGUUUCUACGUCAUGGAUACGCUGGUGAUGAAGACUGAGGAGAACACCAUCCCAGGAUGUGACCUCAGCGGUUUCCUCCGACCUGAACCUGUGGUCAUCACCUCACCUCUGUCAUCACUCUUCUCCUCUAGACCCAGGGACAAGCCCAUCAUACCUGAGACACAGGUGCUCCACGAGAUGAUAGAUGUUCCAGGGACCAGUCUGAAGCUGUGCUACCUGAGCUCCAGGACGUCUGGCUACCGCAGCCUGCUGAAGGUGACCAUGACCCCAGCCAUGGUGUCUCUGGGCCUGCUCAAAGUCCACCUGAUGGUGGCUGUGGAGGGACAUCUCUUCCAGAAGUGGUUCCACGCCUCGCCCAACCUGGCCUACACGUACAUUUGGGAUAAAACAGAUGCCUAUGGACAGAGAGUCUACGGGCUGUCGGAAGCUGUCGUGUCAGUGGGGUAUGAAUAUGAGUCGUGUGCCAGUCUGAUCCUAUGGGAGAAGAGGACAGCAGUACUACAGGGCUUUGAACUGGACCCUUCUAAUCUGGGAGGCUGGUCUCUGGAUAAACACCAUAUACUCAACACACGCAGCAGUAUCCUCCAUAAGGGUAGUGGUGAGAACGUGUUUGUGUCACAGCAGCCCCCUGUGAUCAGCAGUGUAAUGGGGAACGGCCGUCGACGCUCUAUCUCCUGCCCCAGCUGUAACGGCCUCGCCGACAGCAACAAGCUACUGGCGCCCGUAGCCCUGGCAACAGGCAUCGACGGGAGCCUCUACGUGGGAGACCUGAACUUCAUACGCAGGGUCUACCCCUCGCUCAAUACCACGGGCAUACUGGAACUGAGGAACAAAGAUUUCAGACACAGUAACAACCCCACUCAUAAGUACUUCCUGGCCAUUGACCCGGUAACAGGAGCGUUGUUUAUCUCGGAUACCAAUUCGCGGCGUAUCUACCGUGUGCGCUCUCUGACGGGCGGGCGGCUUCUGUCGGACAACGCAGAGGUGGUAGCUGGGACAGGAGAGCAGUGUCUGCCCUUCGACGAGCGCUGUGGGGAUGGAGGCAAAGCUACUGAGGCGACACUGAUGAGCCCCAAAGGUAUUGCUGUGGAUCAGAAUGGUCUGAUGUAUUUUGUGGACGCCACUAUGAUCCGUAAGGUUGACCAAAACGGCAUCAUCUCCACUCUACUGGGCGCCAACGACCUGACCGCAGUACGACCACUCAGCUGUGACGCUAGCAUGGACGUCAGCCAGGUGCGUCUGGAGUGGCCUACAGACCUGGCAGUAAACCCCAUGGAUAACUCUCUGUACGUCCUGGAGAACAACGUUGUGCUGCGCAUCACUGAGAACCACCAAGUGAGCGUCAUAGCAGGGCGGCCCAUGCAUUGUCAGGUUCCAGGUGUAGACUACAGCCUGAGUAAGCUUGCCAUCCAUGCUGCGUUGGAGAGCGCGACAGCCAUCGCCCUGUCUUACACCGGAGUUCUCUACAUCGCUGAGACAGACGAGAAGAAGAUCAACCGCGUCAGACAGGUCUCCACUAAUGGCGAGAUGUCUCUGCUGGCCGGCGCCACAUCAGACUGCGACUGCAAGAAUGAUGUCAACUGCAACUGUUUCUAUGGCGACGACGGCUACGCGCCCGACUCCGGCCUCAACUCCCCCGCCUCGCUCGCCGUCUCACCCGACGGAACGCUUUUCAUCGCCGAUCUUAACAACAUACGCAUCAGAGCCGUACGAGCCAAUCGACCCGGCCCGUCAGCCUCGGGGGCGGGAUCCGGAUCGAUGAUGGGACAAUACGAAGUUGCGUCUCCACGGGAACAGGAGCUCUAUGUGUUCAACGGUGACGGUCAACAUCUACAGACCGUGAGUCUGGUCACUGGAGAACCAUUAUAUAACUUCACCUACGGGACGGACAGAGAGCUAGCCACGGUGGUGGACAACUGCAACAACACUGUCAGGGUGAGAAGGGAGGGUCUGGGCCAGGGGGGGAGUUCUGGCCUCCUCAGACUGGUGUUACUGCCGGAGAACCAGGUGGUGACCCUGGGUUUGGACCCUGCUGGGGGGUUGAGGAGUGUCUCGGCCCAGGGACAGGAGGUGGCCCUACUGGGGUACUCUGGGAGUACAGGACUACUGGCCACCAAGGCUGACGAGACCGGAUGGACCACCUUCUACCAGUAUGACAGUGAGGGUCGUCUGACCAAUGUAAGCUAUCCUACUGGCAUGGUGACCAGUCUGCACCGGGAGAUAGAACGUUCCAUCAACAUUGACAUAGAGAGCUCCAGCAGAGACGAUGACGUCACCGUUAUCACCAACCUGUCCUCUGUGGAGGCCUCGUACACCGUGGUGCAAGACCAGGUGAGGAACAGCUACCAACUGUGUAACAACGGCACCCUGCGGGUGAUGUAUGCCAAUGGGAUGGGCAUCAGCUUCCACACUGAGCCCCACAUCCUGGCCGGGUCGGUCAGUCCUACAAUCGGCCGUAGGAACAUCACACUACCCACAGACAACGGACUCAACUCCAUCGAGUGGCGGCUCCGCAAGGAACAGACCAAGGGGAAGGUCACUGUUUUUGGCAGGAAGCUGAGGGCACAUGGCCGUAAUCUCCUCUCCAUCGACUUCGACCGCAACACUCGGACGGAGAAGAUCUAUGACGACCACCGCAAGUUCACGCUCCGCAUCAUGUACGACUCGCAGGGCCGGCCCGCCAUGUGGUUGCCUAGCAGCAGCCUGGCAGUGGUGAACGUGUCGUAUUCGACCACGGGUCAGCUGGUGGGGCUGCAGAGGGGCAGUAUGAGCGAGAAGACAGAGUUUGACCCUCAGGGACGUAUUCUGUCACGGUCGUUCAUAGACGGCAAGGUGUGGAGCUAUAGUUAUCUGGAUAAGUCCAUGGUCCUUCUCCUACAGAGCCAGAGACAGUACAUAUUUGAGUUUGACACCUCGGGGCGCAUCACAGCCGUCACCAUGCCUAGUGUAGCCCGCCACACCAUGUUCACCCACGUCUCUAUCGGUUACAUCCGCAACACCUACAACCCUCCGGAGAGCAACGCCUCCAUCAUCCACGACUUCACCGAAGACGGCCGCCCUAAGGCUACCCACUACCUCGGCACCGGUCGACGUGUCCUCUACAAGUAUGGCAAGCUGGCCAAGCUAGCUGAGAUCCUCUACGACAGCACCACGGUGACGUUCGGUUAUGACGAGACAGCUGGGGUUCUGAAGAUGGUGAACUUACAGAGCGGCGGGUUCUCCUGUACGAUACGUUACCGUAAGAUGGGUCCGCUGAUCGACAAGCAGAUCUACCGGUUCAGUGAGGAGGGGAUGGUGAAUGCUAGGUUUGACUACACGUACCACGACAACAGCUUCCGUAUCGCUAGUAUGAAGCCAGUCAUCAGUGAGACUCCUCUGCCUGUGGACCUCUACCGCUAUGAUGAGAUCUCUGGAAAGGUGGAACACUUUGGGAAGUUUGGCGUGAUCUACUAUGACAUCAACCAGAUCAUAACCACGGCUGUGAUGACCCUCAGCAAGCACUUCGACACCCACGGGCGCAUCAAGGAGGUGCAGUACGAGAUCUUCAGGUCCCUGAUGUACUGGAUGACGGUGCAGUACGACAGUAUGGGACGCGUGGUGAAGAGAGAGCUGAAGAUAGGACCAUACGCCAACACAACACAGUACCGCUAUGAGUAUGACGGGGACGGACAGCUCAGCGGGGUGAAGGUGAAUGACUGGUCCACGUGGCGCUACAGCUACGACCUGAACGGUAACCUGCACCUCCUCAACCCCGGAAACAGCGCCCGCCUCACGCCACUCCGCUACGACCUCCGAGACCGCAUCACGCGCCUGGGCGACGUGCAGUACCAUCUGGAUGAGGAUGGCUUCCUGAGCCAGCGCGGCUCGGAUGUCUUUGACUACAACUCCAAGGGCCAGCUCCUCAGAGCAUAUAGCAAGCUCCCGGGAGGCUGGAGCGUCCAGUACCGCUAUGACGGACUGGGAAGGAGAGUGUCCACUAGGACCAGUCUGGGACAACACCUCCAGUUCUUCUACGCUGAUCUGAACCACCCGGCAAGAGUCACACAUAUAUUUAACCACUCCAGCUCAGACAUCGCUUCACUGUACUAUGACUUGCAGGGUCAUCUGUUUGCUAUGGAGGUGAGUAGUGGAGAGGAGUAUUACAUCGCCUCAGACAACACCGGAACACCACUGGCUGUCUUCAGCAGCAACGGACAGAUGAUCAAACAGGUACAGUACACAGCGUACGGGGAGGUGUACCUGGACUCUAACCCAGAGUUCCAGCUGGUGGUUGGGUUCCAUGGUGGUCUCUAUGACACCCUGACCAAUCUGGUCCACUUCACCCAGAGGGACUAUGACGUCCUGGCAGGCCGCUGGACCUCGCCAGACUAUGCCAGCUGGCCCAAGAUCGGCAAGGACCCUGCACCCUUCAACCUGUAUAUGUUCAAGAACAACAACCCCCUCAGCGAGGUGUUGGACAUCAAGAACUACGUCACAGACGUGAAGAGUUGGCUGGUGAUGUUUGGUUUCCAGCUCAGUAACAUCAUUCCAGGAUUCCCCCGUCACACCCUCUACUUCGUGGAGCCUCCCUACGAGCUGCAGGCCAGCAAGGACUGUGAAAACGGACAGCUGAUAACGGGGGUGCAGCAGGCAGCGGAGCGCCACAACCAGGCCUUCAUGGCCCUGGAGGGACGGCUCCUUAACAAGGACCCCCGCGACCGCCGCGACAAGCCCGGACACUGGUUCGGCACAUCAACGCCCAUCAUCGGCCGGGGAGUGAUGCUAGCGCUGAAGGAAGGACGUGUGGUGGCGGCAGUUAGCUCCAUGGCAACCGACGACAGCCGGAAAGUGUCCUUAGUCCUCAAUGGCGCCAUCUACCUGGAUGGAACGCACUACACGCAGGCCGGACAUGACUGUCACUUCUUCGUUAAAGUCGGUUCGGCUGAUAGUGAUUUAUUGGCGCUGGGGCUGACCAACGGACGCAAGGCGCUGGAGAGCGGGAUCAACGUGACUGUGAGCGGGAGGUCGCGGCGCGGCGCCACGGUGGAGUUUGCGGUGCCGUCGUUAGCCCUCAGCGUGCGGUAUGGGCUAGCGCUGGAUGUGGUGGAUGAGGAGAGGGUGAGGCUGCUGGAACUAGCCCGGCAGAGGGCCCUGGCUGGGGCCUGGCUGAGGGAGCGGCAGAGGGCCAAGGAUGGGAAGGAGGGGAGCCGGCUGUGGACGGAGGGAGAGAAGCAGCAGCUGCUGACCGCGGGGAGGGUACAGGGGUAUGAUGGGUAUUAUGUUUUACCCGUGGAACAGUACCCAGAACUGGCUGACAGCAGCACCAACAUCCAGUUCCUGAGACAGAACGAGAUGGGCAAGAGGUAACAGCCCACCUGGACUGGGAUGGAGGACUGGCUGACUCUUUCUCUCUCACCGACUCUCCUCCCCUUCUCCUCCUCAUCCCUUUCAUUUUCUCACCCUAGUUACUAGUUCCUUCCUCUCUUCGCUCCCCCUUUCCUCUCCAACCCCGCAGAAAAUAAACCAACAAAUGGGGUUUCUCACUGAACGCUGCAGGGACUUUUGAAAAGAAGAAUAUACUAAACUUUUUUUGUUGUUACUUUUAUUGCCAAGGGCAAAACAUCUAACAUUUAGACAGAAGUUUAUUUUAUUUGUUGUUGAAAACAAACUGUGGAGAAAGGCACUCAUGAACCUUGAAAAACAAACUGUUGCUUAAUAACUAAGAUUCCCGUUUUUAAAAAAGAAAUCGAUAUUUUCACCAAUAUUUUUGGGGACUUUGAGGGCGUAAUGACAGACUCUGAACUGAUGGUGGCGCUGUGUUGUGCUGGGUGCUCUGGUAAGGCCUGCACCUGAAAUUAACUUGUAGAUCAAAGGGACCAAUAGGGAGGCAGAGCCACCACAGGGCCCAGCGAAUCACAACACUGAUCAGAAGAGAAGAUCAGCAACAAGCACCGCAGCGUCACUUACACGGAGUAAAACUACUUGUCAUCAGUCUCAGGCCUCCCAUUCUCCACCACAAAACUGUUCUCAGCUAUUGCAGCAACAUAUCCUAGCAACCAAUACUCACACCACUGAGAUCCUUUAACUCAUAAAGACUUCAAACAAAAGAAAACUACAACUUUAAAGACACAAAGAUGGAGGGGAAAAAAAUAUUGUGAAAAUGUAUCAGAAUGUGUCCAUAUGUGUCAGACUACUAUACUACAGUUCAGACUACUAUACUACAGUUCAGACUACUAUAUUACCGUUCAGACUACUACACUACAGUUCAGACUACUAUACUCCAGUUCAGACUACGAUACAAUUGUUUACUUCAUUCAUUGGUUCAGACUACUAUACUACAGUUCAGACUACUAUACUCCAGUUCAGACUACGAUACAAUUGUUUACUUCAUUCAUUGGUUCAGACUACUAUACUACAGUUCAGACUACUAUACUCCAGUUCAGACUACGAUACAAUUGUUUACUUCAUUCAUUGGUUCAGACUACUAUACUACAGUUCAGACUACUAUACUACAGUUCAGACUACUACACUACAGUUCAGACUACUAU